UGGGCAUUAUGAUUGUUAUUAUGACAGUCACCUAUAAUACGUCAUUGGUUUAUUUCGUCAAAAAGUGAGAAAGCUUCCAUGAAAAUCGCAGAAAAGUUUGGUCAUUCUAACUAAGAUGGCAACGCUAAAGAGCGGAUGGCUUGAUAAAUACAGUGGAACAAUAUUCAAAUCUUGGAAAAAACGGUAUUGUGUAUUAUAUAGAGAUGGAGAACUUGCAGUUUAUGACAACCCCCAAGAGGCCUCUGCACAUACGCGAAUAAUUUUGACAACUGAUUGCAAGCAGAUCAACACAGGUUUUGCUUGUGGUUCGAUAAAUCUUCCCAAAGGAAACAGCAGUGUUGACUCAUUGUUUUGCAUAAUAACACGAAGUGGAAAAGAGCAUUUCUUUGCUGCUGGCUCAGACAGGGAAUGCUCAGAAUGGGUUGCAUUCUUAGAACAAGCAAGAAGAUCAGUGAUUACCCAGUCAAAUGUAGUACCACAUGCCCCACCACAACAACCAUUUGUAUAUCAACAAAAUGUCCAAGGAGGUCCACCGCCAGCAUAUAGUGCUGCACCACCCCAGCCUGGUGGUUACCCCCCUUACUAUCCUGCACAGCAGUAUAGCUACCAACAGGCACCCAUCUAUGGCCAGCCUGGCUAUGGACCACAACCAGCAUAUGCACCCCAACCAGGUUAUGGGCAGCCUGUUUAUGUCCAAGGUGCUCCUCAGCAACAACAAAGUUCAAACAAUAACUCGACAAGAAACAUGAUGCUUGGGGCAGCUGCAGGUGGACUUGGUGGCUAUAUGCUAGGUAGCAUGGUAGGCAGCUCAAUGAGCCACGGAUGGGGACAUCAUGAUAGUUUUGAUCAUGGAUGCUUUGAUGAUGGUGGUGGUUUUGACUGUGGAGGGGGUUUUGAUUUCUAGCAUAACAUUUUGGAUAUAUUUGUAUUUAUAAUAAUAAUAAUAAGCGUGAGACUAAUCUGUAUAGGAAGCAAAGCAUACAUAGUGUACAACAAUGUAAAACAAUGUCAGCUAGAACUCCAAGACGUGGUAUUGUCUCUAUCUGAUCAUGUUUGCUAAUGAAGUUGGCCCUCUGCAUCCAUGACCAACCUGAAAGCACUCCCCUAUCCAGGAACACCAGUGUUGGGCCACACUUGAUUCUGUUUCAACAGUCUGUUUAACCAGUCUUUUAUGUUGUUUUUGGCACUGUGCACCUAUUUAUUUUUUUGGAUAGAUUGUAAGCAUGGUAAACAUGGAGGGAGAGAAUUGUGGAAGUAUUUGGGGAAGGCGAACUUGUGUUUUAGGUCUUUUGUCUGUAAUUGUUGUCUUUUGCAGGCAAUUUGGUUGUUUUUCUAGGUUUUGCCCCCCCCCUCCCUACUUGAAAAACGAACUUCUGCCCAUCGUUUCCAAAGACUGAAAACUCUAA